CCGCAGUGGUCGGGCGCGUGUGCGCAGGGCCGCUCCCCCCGCCCCCCGCCCCGCUGCCGCCCCCGGCCCCCGCCCCCGGCCCCGCUCCUCGCAGCCCCCGCCGCGGCCAUGGCCGACGAGCUGGACUUCACCACGGGCGACGCCGGCGCCUCCUUCACCUACCCCAUGCAGUGCUCGGCGCUGCGGAAGAACGGCUUCGUGGUGCUCAAGGGGCGCCCCUGCAAGAUCGUCGAGAUGUCCACCUCCAAGACGGGCAAGCACGGCCACGCCAAGGUCCACUUGGUUGGAAUCGAUAUUUUCACUGGUAAAAAAUAUGAAGAUAUUUGCCCAUCAACUCAUAAUAUGGAUGUUCCAAAUAUCAAGAGGAAUGAUUAUCAACUGAUUGGUAUUCAGGAUGGGUAUCUCUCCCUGCUGACAGAAAGUGGUGAAGUUCGUGAGGAUCUAAAGCUGCCAGAAGGUGAUCUUGGUAAAGAAAUAGAAGGAAAAUUCAAUGCCAGUGAAGAUGUGCAGAUAUCUGUCAUAAGUGCAAUGAAUGAAGAAUGUGCUGUAGCCAUAAAGCCUUGCAAAUAAAGAGGAUCACCAGGCUCGGGCAACUGCUCAGGUCUGGACAAAUCACAGAUCUUUAAAUUUGGUUCUGAUUGUCACCAAAGCUCUGGCCUUCACAAGCAACCUCAUUUCUUUUUUGAAUUGUUAAAAAGCAGUGCUGGAUUCUGGAUUAGUGUUGCAGGCUAACUGGCAGUUUUCAAAAUCACUGAGAUUUUAAUUCCUUAAUUGUAACUAUUUUAACAUUCCUGUGGGUUUCAGCUAUGGAUCUGAGAAACCAAUCAGGUGUUACUAGUGGAUAUAUUUUUAUUUGCUUGAGCAAAACAGUGUUUGUCUGUAUGAACAGACAAAAUACAGUAUUCAGGGGCUUUUAGAUAAGCUAGUAGGUAUCUAGGAUUAUAAAGUGACCUAGAGCACAAAUAGUAUUUUUCUUGACAUAUUUACAUAGAACUGACAAUAAAAGUAGCUUUUUUUUUUUUUAAGCUUAAAGUAUUUUGUGGAUUGGGACUCUUGCAGAAUUGUAGGUGCCAAUCACAAGUUUUAGACCAAGAAACUCAAGUGAUCAAAAAUGCCAGCUGGCUUGACAAAGCCCCCGUGGCCAUGUGCAACUUAACUGUAUUACCUCUGUACUCUUCUUUGCCAAUUUGUUGGCUUAUUGUAAUGUUAAAUGGUGUCAAAGCCUACCUUUGGUUUAGGCAGGCAAUUGGAAUAUUGGGUAGAUAUGGUAUAGAAAGGUUAAGGAAACACAAAGGUGAGAUGGAUGUUAAAGCUAUAGACUUUCACUCGAGGCCUUUGUCAGACUUGAAAAAUAAAAACAGAAAAAUGCAGUUCAAUGGCUUUCCUCUAUUGUAUUUAUCUUAACUAUAAAAGGUGACAAACUCCAUGGGAAUCUGUUGCAGUGCUUCCAGCUUCAGGUUUUAAUCUUCAGGUUCAGACCAUAUUUUUGUAGCACAAGGACCACAUGUUUUUCAAAAAGUGGGACAAAUUGUAGCACUGACCCUAAACUAAAUGCAUGUGAUUCUUGUUGAAAAGUAAAACAAAACUAUAUUAUAUUCAAAAUACAGACUUGACAGACAAUACUGAACAACCAUGGCUUAAUUAUAGGAGUAAAUGCUACAUAGUUUAGAAAGCUAGCUCCUAUCCAUAGGAGUUUUUUGAUUCAUUAAAACACACGUGCAUGCCUCUAACUUGUUAGCAGCUUAACAGGCAAACAAAGCUUUACAGAACUAGUCACAGAAGGACAACCAGCCUGCUCCUGUUUAUAGUGUUACACAUGAAUUCUAAUUGUUAGUGUCCCCUAAUAAGGGAGGAACUUCUUAGCCCAUGGCUCAAACCUCUCUGUAGUUCAUAAAUUGAAUUGUUUCAUAAACUUAAGCUUUAGUAGCUGUUGGCUAAUUGAGGAUAACUUGUCCUCAAUUGACACUUGACAGGCUGGUCUGGACGGCAUGCACAAUUCAUACUCUGUUGGCAGUAAGAGUCAGACUUCAUGCUGCUGUUAACUACUUAAAAGGUUUUGAGCUUAGUGGUAUGUACUCUCUAAUUCCCAAAGGGCUCACGGCAACUUUCCUGAUCUUGCCCUUGUACCUGCUGUGUUAGGGCUUAACAAAUCUUGGAGGCCUAUAUAGGUGGCAAAAACAUGCAUUUCCCAUAGCCUUCUCAUGACAGGGAGAAGAGCACAAUGAAGGUAAAGACAGCAAUAAAUAUACUCUGGUAAUAAAGCACAGUUACCUGUGAAACCUGGCAGAUGUAGGAUACUGCUACAUGCUCUUGCCUAGCACAGUAAGCAUCGUAGGUGAACUCUAUAAAUAGCAUCUUGACUGAAAUGACAGACUGCUUUUAAAAAAGCUAUAGAUGGAAGAGAUUGAAAUGCUUUCAGAAUAGUUUUGGAGUGCAUGCUUAGUAGUUUAAGCUUAUCUGCACUGUGGUCCUUUUGGCCUCCCCAUCAAACUGAUAUCUAAAAGAUAGGCUUUGUUUAGUUUAGAGAUGACUGAAACCGUUGAUAAUGGUGUUAAUGAUGUCCAAUGAAGAGUCAUAGGCUGUUGUAUCAAACUUAACCUAAGUUCUAGAUGCUAUCACUGUAUUAAAAAUGCUUCUAAAAUGCUUGAAAAUAGUAAGACCUGGAUUUAUCCUUCCAAGAGUACUUUCAUCCACUUUUAGGUGACUGUCUAUCCUCUGGAACGUGUUGAUGCCACCGGUCUACAACCUAAGCAUUUACUUAGACUAAGUUCUUUGGGACAAGGGCUGUUUUUGUCUAGUUUCUACAGUAGAGUCCUGAUCUGCCUGGUAUUUUCAGGUACUACAGCAAUCUAAAGAUAAAUGUUUUAUGGCCUCCAGCUUUCUGGAAGAGCCCUUCUUGGGAUUUAAAGAUGUCCUUCUAUUCCUACCUUCAGUUCUUCAAGAUUUAGAUGGUUCAGUACUUCAAUAUAGGUUUGUUCUAAUUAUAUACUCGUCUUUUGUGAAGCACUUCAGAUGCUGUGGAAGUGCAGAGCAUUGGCUCAUCAUGCAUGAAGCUUCCCAUAGGUAAUACAUAAACCUGUGGUUUAGCAUGAAUCUUAAGCAUAAUCUCUAAGUUUCAGUAAGAAGUUGCUUCUAAAUUAGAGCAAAUAUUUCAGCCAUUUUUUCAAAGUAAGAUGUUUCAGUUUACUUUCAUAAUUACUUGCAACAACCUUUUGUUUGUGAUCAACAGUCCAUGUAAGUGCAUAUUUUUAAGAUACCUAUGUUUAGGGAAAUUCUACUCUAAGCUUUACAUUAAAACAAACCUUAUCCAUCUAUUUGUUUUGUAGCACUAUCUUAACACUUUAAGCUGUGUCAAAACCUAAAACUACAAACUUUUAGUAGCUGAUGCAAUUGUUUAAUAUAAAUUGUUUAAUAUAAAGGCUGUGAAAACCAGAAGGUGAAGAAAAGUAUUUCCACUCCUAAUAAUGCAUUUCUUUUUUAUGGCUACAGUUUGGUGAGUUUCUCUUACUACUUUACAGAAUUGGGAAAACUGAAGUGUUUCCUGCCUCAAAUAUUGGCAAAUAAUAUUUCAAGAUUUCAAUAGAUCCUUCUAAUUUUUGCUUAUAAUGGUGGUUUUUCAACUAGGCUCUUGCUAGUUGAGCCAUGUUCUCAGGGCUGUUUGUUUUUUUUUUUUCUUUUUCUUUUUCUUUUUUUUUUUUUUUUUUUUUUAAGAAGUUGGCUGAAUUUCAUUAUUUUAAUGUAACAGCUUUCAAGCCUCUUGCAGGUUUUUCUAAUCCAUGAUGUACCCAAAAUGGUGCAUAGUCUGUAGUUUCACAAUACAGGUUAUUUUACAUAAUCUAAAGAAGUCAAUUUGUUGACAGUUCAAACUUAAUGGUUACUGCAGGUCAGUCUUACAGAAUUCAAAAGCCAAUAAACAUGACUUUUUUUUUUGGUUGAGUAAUUAGAAUGUAGUUUGUUACAAUAGAAGUAAACUUCAGGAAAAAAAAACUUGUUGAGGAUGUUUGGAGUAUCUGAAUUACACGCUGGGAGUUUUGAUGGAGGCGAAGCUCUUGGAGGUGAUGUGCGGGGUGCGCGGCGCUGCGUUCGGCCGUCGAGCGCGACGUGCCGAGAACGUCUCCAGUCUCCAACGUCUGCGAUCUAGCCCUAAAGUAUUUGGCAUCUGAGAGUAACUGUUGUGGACUUAACGCCUAGUUAAUCUAAAUGUUUGCUGUGUAUUACUGUAUCACCGAGACACCUCCUUGUUCUCGGUCAUCUUUUGUUGUGUUGUAAACAUAACCAUUAUUCAGUGUAUGUUGGAAAAUGUCGGGAGAAUGAGGAUGAGGGACUUAGCUGAUCCUAGCAAAAAGGGGAAAAAAAAAAAAAAAAAAAAAAGCCUGUAAACUUGUAAACUAUGAUCUGUGAGUCGACAGUAGGCCUGCUGGUGAUCAGCUGGAAGGGUUUGAAUGUUCAUGUAUUUUAAAGGUAUGUUUUUAACACCAUUUAAAAACCAGAGUUUGGAAGGUGUAUGUCUGUUUCCCACUUCGCAAAUAAAUAAAAAAAAUCUCAGUGUUGUGAAAA